UCCCGCCCCCGCCUCCCGCGGACUUCCCGGCCGUGGCAGGGCGCUGUGGCCGCGGCGGCUCCCAGCCCGCCCUCAGCGCUGCGAGCGCACACCGGGGCUGGCCCCGCUCGCUCGGACCGGUGGUUCCCGGUCCCGGGCUCGGUUCGGCUCCGCGGGCCCCGCAGCCGCCGGGCGGGCUGCCCCGGCAGAGCCCCGGCAGAGCCCAUGUCCGCCGCGCCCGUCCGCUCCCCCACGCUGCGGCCGCACAGGAUGAAGAAAGAGGAGUCGUUCCUGGGCAAGCUCGGCGGGACCCUGGCCAGGAAGAAGAAAGCCAAGGAGGUGAGUGACCUCCAAGAAGAAGGUAAAAAUGCCAUCAAUGCACCAAUGAACCCAAGCGCUGUGGACAUCCAUCCAGAAGACACACUCUUAGAGGAGAAUGAGGAACGCACUAUGAUCGAUCCUAACUCAAAAGAAGACCCCAAGUUCAAGGAACUGAUCAAGGUUCUAAUUGACUGGAUUAAUGAUGUGCUGGUGGAGGAGAGAAUCAUUGUCAAGCAGCUUGAAGAGGACCUUUACGAUGGGCAGGUGCUGCAAAAGCUGCUGGAGAAGCUGGCUGACCGUAAACUGAAUGUGGCAGAGGUGACGCAAUCUGAAAUUGGUCAGAAGCAGAAGCUGCAGACAGUCUUGGAAGCUGUCCAUGAUUUACUCCGACCCCAUGGCUGGACAAUCAAGUGGAAUGUUGACUCCAUCCACGGCAAGAACUUGAUUUCCAUCCUGCACCUUCUGGUGGCUCUGGCCAUGCAUUUCCGAGCUCCCAUCCGGCUGCCAGAGCACGUGUCCGUGCAGGUGGUGGUUGUGAGGAAACGUGAAGGCCUCCUUCAGACCACUCAUGUUUCAGAGGAGCUGACCACCACAACAGAGAUGAUGAUGGGAAGAUUUGAGCGCGAUGCCUUUGACACACUUUUCGAUCACGCACCCGACAAGCUCAGUGUAGUCAAAAAGUCUCUGAUCACCUUUGUGAACAAACACUUGAACAAACUGAAUUUGGAAGUAACGGAGUUGGAAACCCAGUUUGCAGAUGGUGUUUACUUGGUUUUGCUCAUGGGUCUCCUUGAGGACUAUUUUGUUCCACUUCACAACUUCUACUUAACACCUGAAAGUUUUGAUCAAAAGGUGCACAAUGUUUCUUUUGCUUUUGAGCUGAUGCAAGACGGAGGCCUGAAGAAGCCAAAAGCUCGCCCUGAAGAUGUUGUCAACUUGGACCUGAAGUCUACCCUCAGGGUUCUGUACAACCUCUUCACAAAGUACAAGAAUGUUGAGUGAUCCUGGAAGCUGCUGAGGUCUCUGCAUCCUUUAACCUCCUCAGGCAGAAGUUACAAUAAACACGCCCUCUGCAUGCCC